CCCAAAGUGUUUCCCGUGCAGGUGGCAGCCUUCAUUCUGGGAAGGCGGCGGCUCCGUAAGUCCCGCGCAGGGGCCGAUGGACCCUCGGGCCCGGCGGCUAUGACCUUGGCUACCGCGGCGGCACUACUGGCCGCACUAGGUGGGGCGCUGUGGUUGGCGACCCGGCGAUUCGUGAGCCCCCGAGUCCAGCGGCUGCACCGAGGCGGGGGCCCUGGCCUCAUGCACGGGAAGACCGUGCUGAUAACAGGGGCGAACAGCGGCCUGGGCCGCGCCACAGCCGCCGAGCUGCUGCGCCUGGGGGCGCGAGUGAUCAUGGGCUGCCGGGACCGCGCGCGCGCCGAGGAGGCGGCUGGCCAGCUCCGCCGUGAGCUCCAGGCUGAGGAGCCCGGGUCAGACCCCGGCGCCGGCGGGGCAGGCGAGCUUGUCGUCAGGGAGUUGGACCUCGCCUCGCUGCGCUCAGUGCGCGCCUUCUGCCAGGAGAUUCUCCAGGAAGAGCCUAGGUUGGAUGUCUUGAUCAAUAAUGCAGGGAUCUUCCAGUGCCCUUACAUGAAGACCGAAGAUGGCUUUGAGAUGCAGUUUGGAGUGAACCAUCUGGGGCACUUCCUACUCACCAAUCUCCUCCUUGGACUCCUCAAAAGUUCAGCCCCCAGCAGAAUUGUCGUGGUUUCUUCCAAACUUUAUAAAUAUGGAGAUAUCAACUUUGAAGACCUGAACAGUGAGCAAAGCUAUAAUAAAAGCUUUUGUUAUAGUCGGAGCAAACUGGCUAACAUUCUUUUUACCAGGGAGCUAGCCCGCCGCUUAGAAGGCACAAACGUUACUGUCAACGUUUUACAUCCCGGUAUGGUACGGACUAAUCUUGGGAGGCACAUACACAUUCCACCGUUGGUUAAGCCGCUCUUCAAUUUGGUGUCAUGGGCUUUUUUCAAGACACCAGUAGAAGGUGCCCAGACUUCCAUUUAUUUAGCCUCUUCACCUGAGGUGGAAGGUGUGUCAGGAAGGUACUUUGGGGAUUGUAAAGAGGAAGAACUAUUGCCUAAAGCUAUGGAUGAGUCCGUUGCAAGAAAACUCUGGGAUAUCAGUGAAGUGAUGGUUGGCAUGUUAAAAUAGAAGCAAGGAGUAAAAGAGCUGUUUUGAAAUUGGGUAUCAGUUAUAUCUGUGAUCAGGAACCACUUGUAUAAAAGACAGUUUUGGUUUUACGAUGGCAGUGCUGAGAGGUACAUGUGGAUAUUUUGAAGUUAUUGAAAGGUUAUUUUUUGGAUAAAAAAUGUCAGCAAAGAUGUUAUAUAUAAUAUAAUGAAUAAUAAGUAUAAUGAACAAUACAAUUAUAAUUCAGAAAUUAUAAUUCAGCAAGCAUGGAUGACAAAUAUUAAAGAAUUUGUUAAACUACUAUCUUAAGAGACUUUUCAAAUGUUUGAAUUUCAUAGCCAUCCCAUGCUGGGUUUUGUGUGGAAAUAAUAUGCUGGGUGUGUGGAUACACAUCUUACUUGGAAUAAAUUUACUGAUGCAAAUUC